AAAUUAUGGAACUGCGAUACACCUUUCCACGCGUCAUAAUGCGCACCAUAAGAUGACGACGAGAAAUGAACGACAAACAGCUCACCAGAUAUCACGUGAAGAAAGAACUGAAUGCUGUAACCGGUAGUGGGAAACGCCCGAAUCAGAACAUCAGCUGUUCAUCUCCGAGUGAAGUACCAAGUACCGUGCAUCGGCUUCGAAUAUCCAGUGCACAGUAUUAUUGAUGCUACGAUAUCCACCUAUCGAAAAGGAAACAGGAAGGAACAAUCCACUCAACAAUCCUCAGCUAGUAGAUAAUAGAUAAUACGGAAAGAUGAAAUUUUGUGCGGCAAUUUUCGCCGCAAUGGCCGCUGCUAGCGGUGUCGGGGCUUUCACUCCUAGUGCCAAGGGCUUCACUCAGGCUCCUUCCGGCCUCAUGGUUCCCGAGCAACUGAAAAACAAGGACGGAUCUCUCUGGACACCCACGAACAUGGUUGCCGGUGGAGCCGAACGCGCCGUCGGACAAGAGUACUACGAGGGUGCGUCACCUUGCGUGUAUUGCGUUUUGCCUCGCGUUGUCGUUGCCGCUACCGAGAUGCAGUAUUUGCCAAUUGGGAUCCUUUUUUGUUUUCGGAGAAGAUGUUGGACUCGCACUGCUGACGGACACAAUGGAAAGAUAGAGACGCUACGUGAUAUUUCUCAUGGAUCAGAGAUAGUUUGGCUGGAAAUCACUAUUUUAUAUCAUGUAAAACUCACCAUUUUUUGCUCGCAUUUCCUACCAUGGCAUCAAUAAACAAAAAAACAACACAGGCGCACCCAUUGGUCCGCCUCCUGAUCUCCCAUCGCUUUUGUUGCACAACCGUAUUGUUUACAUCGGUAUGCCUCUCGUMCCUGCCGUAACGGAAUUGGUCAUUGCCGAACUCUUAUAUCUGAAUUACGAAUCCGACGAUCCGAUUACCAUGUACAUUAACAGCUCCGGAACAACCACCAACAGCGGAGAAGCCGUUGGAUUCGAAACAGAGGCCUUUGCUAUUGCCGAUGUCAUGAAAUAUGUUCGCCCACCAGUUCACACGGUCGCCCUCGGACAGGCCUUUGGUGCCGCCGCCAUGCUUUUGGCUAACGGAAAACGAGGAUGCCGCUAUUCGCUCCCCAACGCCACCAUUUUACUGAACCAACCCAAAUCGCAGGCUCGUGGACAGGCCUCGGACAUUGCUAUCAAGGCCCGUGAGACCCGCAACAACAGACAAAAGAUGUGCCAACUGAUCGCCGAGGCCUGCGGCAAGCCCGUCGACACCGUCGUCAAGGACUGCUCGCGUGUCAAGUACCUGCAACCCGAUGAGGCCGUGGAAUACGGACUCGUUGACAGUGUGAUUGAAAACGACGACAAGCGCAUGUCCAUCACGCCGAGCUUUAUGAGUGCCCUUCAAUAAAUAAUGUAAAGUUACACCAUUAAAACAGCGAUGAUACA